UCACGCCGCCCCUCCAGCGGCCAGAUUCGCGCCGGUGAUCCCUGAUCACGUGAUCCCCUGGAGGCUCCUGCAGCCACCGGAGCAACGGCCGGCCAAUGUUAUAAGCGCCACGACUGGCUCACCAGUGCAGCCGUGACCGUCAGCACCAUGAAGUGGAUUUGCCUAAUACUGUUGAGCGUUACGGUAACAGCGUACUCAAAGCCUUCAGACCUACAGUUCCCUAAGCAUGAAGAAGAUAUUCACCACCAUCAUCACAGCCAUCAUGGUAGCAAGCAUGGAGUAGGCCACCACGACUCUGGUCUCUUAGUUGCUGGAGGAACACCGGGAUUCUACGGAGGAUCUGGUGGUGGAAGCUCUGUUGGAAAACCUAGUGGAUCAUACACCAGUGGAAUUCACGGAGGUUCAAAUGGAGGGUGGUCAUCAUGA